GGUCUGGGGAAGUGGGUGACGUGUUUCCUGUUCCUGUGCGUGCUCUGGUCGCGGUGAGCGGAGUUUAGAUGGUCCGUUCUCUGGUUGUUGGAUUAGAAGUUAAAAGCAGCGGAGAUGGCGAGGAACGCCGAGAAGGCCAUGACGGCCCUGGCCCGGUUCAGACAGGCGCAGCUCGAGGAAGGAAAAGUCAAGGAAAGGAGACCUUUCUUGGCCUCAGAGUGCAGUGAACUUCCUAAAGCUGAAAAAUGUAGACGACAGAUCAUCAGUGAGAUCUCAAAGAAAGUUGCUCAGAUCCAGAACGCUGGUCUGGGGGAGUUCAGGAUUCGGGAUCUCAACGAUGAGAUCAACAAGCUUCUGAGAGAAGGUCACUGGGAGGUUCGCAUCAGAGAGCUCGGAGGACCCGACUAUGCGCGCAUCGGGCCGAAGAUGUUGGACCACGAGGGGAAGGAGGUCCCCGGAAACCGUGGCUACAAAUACUUUGGAGCAGCCAGAGACCUGCCGGGAGUCCGAGAGCUCUUCGAGAAGGAGCCUGCCCCGGCGGCGAGGAAGACGAGGGCGGAACUGAUGAAAGAUGUGGAUGCAGAGUAUUAUGGCUACAGAGACGAGGACGGUGUACUACUUCCUCUGGAGGCACAGUACGAGAAACAAGCUGUGUUGGAGGUGGUGCAGAGGUGGAAAACGGAGAAAGAAUCUCGAGUGUCUGGAGACAAACAGCAGGAAGAGGAGGAAGAGGAGGAGAGCAUCUACACCGUCCACAACGAAGAGCUUGAUGAUGAGGAGAACCAGGAGGAGCAGGAGGGAGAGGAGGGAGGAGUCGCCUUCAUUGCACAUGUACCUGUUCCCUCUCAGAAAGAGGUGGAGGAGGCUUUGGUCAGGAGGAAGAAGAUGGAGUUGUUGCAGCGUUACGCCAGCGAGACUCUUCAGGCUCAGAGUCAAGAGGCCAGAACUCUGCUGGGACUCUGACCGACUGCCCCGCUUACACCCGUCUGUCUGCUGUUGUAAAUAAAGGCUCAUUUUGUAUGGUUUCUUAUUAAAAACUUCCUGCACUGCA